UUAAAUCCUACAAUUAAUAUCACUAAUUAAUACAAUAUUUACUAGUUUCAUAAUCCAACAAAUUACAAAUCACAGUAACUAAAAGCGAUCUAAAUUGGCGCCUCUUUUACCCAACCCUCUGUCUCUACUCUAAAUAGCUCCGAUCCAACAUUUGAAAUUACAGACACCCAAAAGGGAAUUGACCCCCCAAAAAAGAAAAACUGUACUUUGCUCGAAUAUCUCCAUGUCUAUGCGUAGACGAACUUUGCUCAAAGUCAUCGUCCUCGGCGACAGUGGGGUUGGUAAAACAUCAUUGAUGAAUCGAUAUGUACACAAGAAAUUCAGUCAGCAAUAUAAAGCUACAAUUGGAGCUGAUUUUGUGACAAAGGAGCUUCAAAUUGAUGACAGGCUCGUAACUCUUCAAAUAUGGGAUACAGCGGGCCAGGAGAGGUUUCAGAGUCUUGGGGUUGCAUUUUAUAGAGGAGCAGAUUGUUGUGUUUUGGUCUAUGAUGUCAAUGUAAUGCGAUCGUUUGACAACCUUGACAACUGGCAUGAAGAGUUUCUCAAACAGGCUAACCCACCAGACCCUAAGACAUUUCCUUUCAUAUUGCUGGGAAACAAGAUUGAUAUAGAUGGCGGAAAUAGCCGAGUGGUUUCUGAGAAGAAAGCAAAGGAGUGGUGUUCUUCAAAAGGGAUACCUUACUUUGAGACAUCAGCAAAAGAGGAUAUAAAUGUUGAUGCCGCCUUCUUGUCUAUUGCAAAAACUGCUUUGGCCAAUGAGCACGAGCAGGAUAUGUGAGUUUAUAUUUUCCUUUUGCAUGAUUAUAAAGAAAGCACAAUAUUGUUGUCCUUAGCUUCUAUGCAAUAUAAUGCACAUGUAGCUAGAACUUUUCUCUUCUAGUUAUUAAGUUGAGCCAAUUAAGGAAUGGGUGGCCAAAGAUGUUAAAUAUCAAGAUUCUUAGAUAUGAGCAAUAAGAAGAUCUCGGUGCAAUUUGAUGGAGCAGUCUUUUUAAAAUAGGCAAAAGAUGCCUCUUAAACUAUGGAUAUGAAGGUAUAGCUGUCAAGUAUAAUGAUGACAAUUACAUGGAAAAUCGCAAAAGCAAAGUUAUGACAAAGACUAGAGUAAAGAGGUUCUUUCACAAGGUUAGGGUGGUCUUCAGAAUCCAUCUAAAGUACAGCUCACUUUGUGGUUUUGAGGUUCAGAAAUCUAGGCUAAGAUAUUGAAAAUUUAACUGAUAAGAUGACUGAGCCUGGAACAUUAGCAAAGAAAUUUUUUUCCGUUUUGAUUCACAUUUCUAGGUAAUGCAAUAGUGAUGUAUAUUUUAGAAAAAGAAAACGUGCAACUGUUUGAAGCUCUAAGCUUAAGGGACAUGAAUGGUAUUCGUCUCUGUCAUGAUUUUAGUGGAAGUUAUUACUUGGGCCAAAUACAUAGACAGCCCAUUAAACUUGACCCAAUUUUUCAUUUUGGCACUCUAACUCAAUCUUGUUCCAUUUUGGCCCUCCAACCCCAUUUCUUAUGUUUCACUUUAACACAAAAGCUGACUAGAUUCAGAGUGUGAGUUGCCUCACCCUGUAGGCGCGUGAGGGAGAUUUUUUUGGACAAAUUUCCUUCUCCAACGGUAAUAACAUAAAUGUUUGCCCCAUAUUUAAUCCCCCAUCUUCCUUCCCCAUUAUUUCAUCUUCAUUAUUUCCUUCCCCAUUUACUUUGCCCCAUCUUCACUCUCAAAGUUUCAAAUUGAUGUAAUUGGCGAGCCCUUUCAAGUUUCAAAAGUUCAUAUUAGUUGGUGAUAAAUCAAUUUGGUCAAUUGCAAAAUUGCUUGUUUGUUGCUUUCAAGCAACUCGACAGUGGGUCAAUUCCCAGAAUUUCGGCCCUUAAUGAACCAUUCCAGUUUUGCUUGGGCCAAUUGCUUUUAUAAUUUGCAGAAGAAUGAACUUGGCCAUGAACUUUUUAAGCCAUUGAUUGACAAUAACAAAGCUUCCAAAAGCAUCUAGGUAGCACACACACACAUAUAUAUAUAUAUCAUUAUCAACAAAAAACAAGGAAAAUAGCAGAAGUACAACUGAAAACUUCCACCUCUUCUUUCUUUCAUAUGGGAAGAACAAAGAACACAUCAACUUCGGAUAAAUUCAAACAAAAUUUAACUCACAAAUAAAAUUGGCCUUUACAAAGUUUAAAGCUUUCUUCUUCUUUAUGGGUAUCUGAAAAUUGUGAGUAGGGCCUACGGUGGGGAGACAGUAGCAGUGUAGGGGGGGCGUUAUAGAAUAAGACGGAGUGGGGAUUUGCAAACGCUAUCUAAACUACUGUUUGAGGUGGGGGUGAGUUGUAUGGAAGAAGAAAGUUAAAAGUUAUUUGCUGAAAAACUUUAUUUUUGGGAUUAGCCAAAGUUAAAAGUCACAUGGCGUUUUUUAGUCGUUUUUUUUGACAUGUCAGGCAUGAAGUUCACAUGUGAUAGUUUUUGUAGU